AUGACUUGCAGUGAAUUUAUAGACGAUCCAAGUCUGAAGGAAUUCUGCAACAAGAGAUUAGAAUUCUCCAGCAACACAUCAUCUAUCAUACUAAAGAUAAGAGAUCCUUCCAGGCAUGAAAAUUGGAACUUCACUCUGAAAUAUGUGUUGACGGGCCCAUCGCCCUGUAAUCGUCAAGACAUCAAAAUUAUAAGAGGUAGGUGACUGAAAAUGUACUGUGGUUGCUUACAUAUCCACUUCUUUAUCUGCAGGGGUCAUGGGUUCAAAAUUUAAGAGGUCUGAAUUUUUUCAGGUCUUAUUUUCACUACUGCUCAAGAAGAUCGCUUACAUAUUUAUAUCUUUAUCCGCAGUUCAAAUAUAUGACUUUCAUAUAUGCACAGUCGUUUAUUCACCCCUUCAUGGGUUUAUUUGGUACCAACAUAAUGACCAGCUCCCUCUUGGUUUGUUAGCUCAGUUGGUAGAGCAUUGCACCGGCAUCUCAAGGGUCGUGGGUUCAAAUCCAGUAGAGGCCUGAAUAUUUUUUUCAGCCUUUAUUUUCACUACUGCUUAAGUAGUGUUCAUUACUGUGAAGAUGGCUUUCAUAUUCAAGUUGCAAACUUGAUUUGAAACCCCAAAAAUGUUAGACAUUUUCCAUGACUGUUUCAAUUUUUUUUUUUUUGGGGCAGUUAUACCAUCUGCAGUCAACACUGAGUCUCCUGGUGGUCAAAACAUGUCUGACAACCCACAAAUCGAAGGUAGGGUUUCAAUGAAAAAUUGAUGUUUGUUAGUUUGAGUAAAAUUUAAUUAAUUCUUUUACUGGUUGUUAAUUCUCUCCUGAGCAUUGCACCGGUAUCACAAGGGUCAUGGGUUCAAAUCCCGUACGGGUCUGAAUAUUUUUUCAGGCCUUAUUUUCACUACUCCUCAAGUAGUGUUCAUUACUGUGAAGAUGGCUUUCAUAUUCAAGUUACAAACUUGAUUUGAAACCCCAAAAAUGUUAGACUUUUUUCAUGACUGUUUCAAUUUCUUUCUUUUUUGGGGCAGUUACGCCAUCUGUAGUCAACACUGAGUCUCCUGGUGGUCAAGGCAUGUCCGACAACCCACAAAUCAAAGGUAGAGUUUCAAUGAAAAAUUGAUGUUGGUAGUUCAAGUAAAAUCGAAUUAACCCUUUUACUGGUUGUUAAUUCUCUCCUGUAGCUGCUACACAUUUCCUUGUAAAUUAGUUAUGAGAACUUGGUGCUAGAUCAAGAUAGCAGCCUCUACCUGAUAAGUGUGAAUAUUCUCAUUACCUGUUUACUGAAGAAUGUAUGAAUAUUGUUGGGAGAAGUUUUACAUUAAUCACUUCUGGGAGUUAAAGGGAUAAAAUAUUAAAUUAUUUUGAACUCAAUUAAGGCAUGUUGAGGUCUUCAGAGCAUUUGGAAUUUUUUCACUGUUAAAACCCUGUUUAAACCACUAACUCCCAAGAUCUAAUUGUCAAUUCUCCCCUCUGGCUACUACAUAUUUCCUUUUAAAUGAGUUACAAGAAUUUGUUGUUAGAUCAAGACAACAACUUUUAUUUGAUAUGUUUGAAUAUUCUCAUUACCUGUUUGCUGGAUCAUGUAUGAAUAUUACAAGGAGAAGUUAGAGGUUGAUCACUUUUGGAAGUUAAAGGGUUAAGAAUCAAGUCAGGUAGUUAACCCUUUCACUCCCACAAGUGACCAAGACAGAAUUUCUCCUUACAAUAUCAAUACAAUAUCAAGCAGGUAGGUGAUGAGAAUAGAGAAGAAUAUAAAUUAUGGGAUUAUUAGUUGAUCCAAUACCAAAUUCUCUGAACUAACAUCAUAAGAAUUGUAUGGCAGAUAGUAAGGAGAAUUACCAAUUAGAUCUUGGGAGUGAAAGGGUUUAUGUUUAUUUUUUUGCCCCCCUCAUUUAAUUAGCAUAGUUCAAUUUACAAUAAUUUCAAGUCUGAAGGAGAAUCAUUCUCAAGUGUAAAGUGCAUUUUGCUGUUUAGCUGCGGUCGACCUUUAAUUUGUGAACGUACAUUGUAAUGUAAACAUCACAUAAUUAUACAGUACCGCACAAACACCUCUUAAAUGUCAACAUUUGGAUGGCAGUCCCAUGAAGGUGUAACUAGGGUGUUCAUAUCUUGUCUUACUCUUAGGACCAGGCAGCAAAAUUAAGGCUACUUUUGGUGUUACCUUUGUGGCUGUUGCAGUAGUUUUAUUGCUGAUUGGAGGAAUUGCAUGUUGUCGUUGCAACGGAAACAGAAGAGGUGAUGCAAGGUUUGCUGAUAAAGUGGAGUUAGCCAAUCACCAAGCCAUAUUUGUACCAGGUGAUGCAUUUUGACCAAUCAGGAUCCAGAAUUUUGACACGCCCCAAACUUAUCAAACUUAUCAAACUUAUCCAGUCUUUUGACUGGAAUAACAGUGAUGGUAAAGCAAGCUUAAAACAGCAGAAACCGACGGAAACUACAAUGGACACACAGGAUGAUGUUAUUGAUUUUACGUGUAAAAUAUUUAUAUUUCGAAAUAUUUAUCGUUGUAAGUCGACCAUAUUUCGUUCCCCAUACUAUUCCUUAUAACGUGUUCAAAUUUUCAACGGUUCCUCUCGAAACUUAACACCGAGUCACACAACGCAAGACGCAUUCAUGAAUUAAUCGUUGGCUUUUUCUCGAGACGUGAGCUUGGGCUGCCUGUGGUUAAGGUCUUCAGAGCACUGACCAACCUUCAUGAAAUAGAAGGCUAUAAUAGAAAAUUGAAUUUUUAUAUGAAAAUACCCUUGUAAUAUGUAACCCAAGGCUAAUACUUUAUAAGGUAAAGAAGUAAAUAAUUUAAAAUAAAUAAAAAAAUUAAUUGUGCAAACAAGACUUGAAAAUAUGCAAACAAUUCUCCAACAUAGAGCUUAGAGUAAUUUUGAAUGGAGUGUCAAUACCACCGCUUUCCUAAAAAGUUAGAUGAUCAUAAAAUAAAAUCAGAAGCGAU